AUGCCUUACAACACAACAGCGAUACCUCCUCGGCGGGACCCAACCGGCCAGACUCAGCUGCCUUUGACGAGGGUAAAGAAGAUCAUAGCACAGGACCAAGAUGUACAGAUGUGCUCAAACAAUGCAGCUUUCAUCAUCACCCUUGCUGCGGAACUGUUUGUUCAGCACCUCGCCACGGAGGCUCACAACAUGGCCAAGAUGGACCGCAAGCCCAGGCGGAAUAUCCAGUACAAGGAUUUUGCCAACGCGGUAGCGCAUCAAGAAAGCCUCGAGUUCUUGACAGACGUUGUGCCCAAGACGGUCGCGUUCAAAGACAUCAAAGAGCGCGCAUCUCACACUCAGGCCCGACUCAGAGGCGAGAAGCCAGCUGCUGAUGCCGAGCCGCCUGCGCUGCUUCCCAAUGGCAAGAGGCAAAAAUCGCUACUGAACGGAGAUGAAUCGGUCAUUAGCAACGGUUUCAGUCACGGAAGGCACAGCAUCCUAUCCGAAGACGACCCAAGCAGGCAGUUAGAGCUGGAGAUGAGGCAGGCUGGUGGUGGCAGGGAUCAGGACCAGGACGUCGACAUGACUGGCUAG